AAAAGAAAGAAUUCGUGAUUUCCUUUUGGUGUUGGAAGUUUUGCAAUUUCGCGCACAUAUAAUUUUAUUCCCGACCACCCGUUCGUGAUUUACGGGGAUAGUAAAGUGUGUCAGUUUCAUUAAUUCUCUUUAUGAUAAUUAACGAGUGAUCAUCGCUUCAAGCCAAACACACACAUAUAUAGAACAAUGUCGACUGGGCCGACUCACAAAUAUCGUUACAAAAAUGUAGGUCUCGAUUCUCAGGAAUUGAGGAGACGACGUGAAGAGGAAGGUGUGCAAUUACGAAAACAAAAACGAGAACAACAAUUGUCAAAGCGAAGAAAUGUGCCCAAUAUUGUCACUGAUGAUGAUAAUGUUUCUUCCACUACAGAUGAAUAUCCCACAGUUACUACAACUUUACAGCAACCAGUAAUAACACCAGAAAUGGUUCAGGAUUUAUAUAGUGUCAAUGUUGAACAGCAAUUAGCAGCGACGCAAAAAUUUAGAAAGCUUUUAUCACGAGAGCCAAAUCCACCAAUAGAUGAAGUUAUUCAAACAGGAAUUGUUCCGCGAUUUGUCGAAUUUCUUAGAAAUAAUGACAACAAUACGUUACAGUUUGAAGCAGCAUGGGCUUUAACUAAUAUCGCAAGUGGAACAUCUCAACAAACACGUAUUGUUAUUGAAGCUGGUGCUGUACCUAUGUUUAUAUCAUUGCUCGGCUCAUUGGAAUAUCCAGAUGUUCAAGAACAAGCGGUUUGGGCUUUAGGAAAUAUCGCCGGUGACAGUCCUGAAUGCAGAGAUCAUGUUUUAAAUAAUGGCAUUCUUAUGCCUCUUUUACAAAUUCUUUCGAAAACAACACGUAUUUCAAUGACACGCAAUGCAGUUUGGGCACUUUCAAAUCUUUGUCGUGGUAAAAAUCCAGCGCCAACAUUUUCCCAAGUUGCACCAUGUUUACCUGUAUUGGCUCAUCUUCUCAAUCACGAUGAUUGUGACGUUCUUUCUGACACUUGUUGGGCACUUUCCUAUUUGAGCGAUGGGCCCAAUGAAAAAAUUCAAGCCGCUAUUGACGCUGGUGUCUGUAGACGUCUCGUUGAACUAUUAAUGCAUGAACAAAACAAUGUAAUUAGUGCAGCGUUAAGAGCCGUUGGUAAUAUUGUAACGGGUGACGAUGUUCAAACCCAAGUGGUACUGAAUUGUUCAGCGCUUCAAUGUUUACUUCAUUUAUUGGGAUCAAAUCGCGAGAGUGUUCGCAAAGAAGCUUGCUGGACUGUUUCCAAUAUUACUGCCGGCAAUCCUCAACAAAUUCAAGCUGUCAUCGAGGCAAACAUCUUUCCGGUUUUAAUAGACAUUUUAGGAAAAGCUGAAUUUAAAACACGAAAAGAAGCAGCAUGGGCAAUAACAAAUGCAACGAGUGGCGGAACACCUGAACAAAUUCGCUAUUUAGCAGAGCAAGGUUGCAUUUCGCCAUUGUGCGAUUUAUUGACAGUUAUGGAUCCAAAAAUUGUGCAAGUUGCACUCAAUGGAUUGGAAAAUAUUCUCCGACUUGGAGAACAAGAUGCAACUUUACACAAUGGUGUAAAUCCAUAUGCAGUUCUUAUUGAAGAAUGUUAUGGCCUAGACAAGAUAGAAUUUCUUCAAUCACAUCAAAAUUUGGAUAUUUAUCAAAAGGCUUUUGAUAUUAUUGAACGUUACUUUGGAUCGGAGGAAGAAGACACAAGAAUUGCUCCAUCUGUUGAUGCGCAAUCACAACAAUUUCAAUUUACAUCACCCGACUCUUCUCAAAUACCAAUGCAAGGCUUCCAAUUUUAAACUAUACUAUCAAUUUUUCUGAUAUGAAACAAACAAAACAAGAAAAAGUGUCAAUAUAUCCCACAAUUUAUUCACUACUUGGUGAAUCAAAAAACAAACAAAAAAAAAAAAAAUAUAUUCAGGCGACUCGCGUAAUUCCUUCCAAAAAAAGAGAAAAAAAUAAUACAAUCGAGAGAGCAAUUAACAUUUUUUUUCUUUUGUUUAGUCAAUUUAAAAUUUUUCAUUUUUCGAGUCAUUGUCAUUCAAAAAUUUUUCCUUUAUCUCUCAAAUUUACUGAAACCUCUAAACACUCUACAAUUGUAAUUUGUUUUUUUUUUCUUUUAAUUUUUGGUUAAACCAACUAGGUGUUUAAAAAAACCAAGGUUUCAGUAAAACAAAAAAAAAAAAAAAAAAAAA